AUGAGGCAGGGUCUUCCUCUGGUGCUCACACACAUAGUGGAGUUUGUGGAGAAGCAUGGUCUCAGUAAGAGUGGCCUGUUCAGAGCCGGCAGUUCAGUGAAACGCUGCAAGGAACUGAGAAAAAGUUUUGAUGAAGGAGGCUUUCCAGAGUUUGACAGUUGGGAUAUUCUUACUUCGGCCUCCUUAUUGAAAGUUUUCCUCAGGGAAUUGCCUGGUGGACUUAUUCCAGAGCCACACAGGACACAACUGCUGAAGUUGUUCAGGGAUUCAAAAAAGGAAGAACUGAAUCAGGCUGUGAGGACUGUGCUGAACAGUCUUCCAGAAGAACAUUUAAAUGUCCUCUGCUACCUAAUGUUCUUCCUGUCCCGUGUUGUUGCUGAGAGUCAUCUAAAUCUUAUGACAUCUAAAAACUUGUCAAUAGUUUUUGGACCUAACAUCUUUCACGUUCCUUUCGGCCCUACCAUGGUUGAAGAACAGGGGCAGUGUAACGCUUUGAUUGAGCACCUGCUGGACAACCUGAUCCAACUGCUGCCAAACAUGUACCCUCAUGCAUCCACCAGCAAAACAGCAGAGGAAAGGGACUGGACUAAUGAAGAGUGUGUCCAACAACUGCCACUCAAAGAAAUAAGAUUAAAGCUUCCCAAAAUUGGACGACUUGGGCGAUUGAGAAAACGAUUAAGAGGUUUUUGGAGAAAGUUGUGCUCAUGCACUUACAGCAGUGACAUAGAGAGUGGAGAAGACUCUGGAGACCCAGAUAUAGGAGAAUAAAAGACACUAUAGCUUGUGAGGGUCACCACAAAACACUGGGGCCACUGCUAGACAGUGGGGCCGGGAAGGGCCAUCAGAAGACACUGGGGUCGGUGAGGGUCACUGGAAGACACUGGGGUCGGUGAGGGUUACGAGAAGACACUGGGGCCAGUGAGGGCCACCAGAAGACACUGGGUCGGUGAGGGCCACCAGAAGACACGGGCCGGUGAGGGUCACCGUAAGACAGUAGGGUUGGUGAGGGUCACCAGAAGACACUGGGGCCAAAUGAGGGUAACUGCAAAACACUGGGGCCAGUGAGGGUCACUGCAAGAUAAUGAGGCCGGUGAGGGUCACUGGAAGACACUGGGGCUGAUGAGGAUCACCCAGAAGGCAAUGGGGCAGUGAGGGUCACCAUUAGACAAUAGGGUUGGUGAAAGUCAUCGCAAAACCCUGGGGUCAGCGAGGGUCACCGCAAGACACUGGGACUGGUGAGGGUCACCACAAGAUAUUGGGGCCAAGUAAGGGUCACUGUAAAACACAGGGGUUGGUAAGGGUCACUGCAAGAAAUUAGGGCCAAUUAAGCAUUAAACAGUAGUGCUGGGCUGGCAAGGGUUAAAGCAAAACACUAGGGCUGGUGAGGGUCACCACAAGCAUUGGAGCCAAGAAAGGAUCAGUGCAAAACAGUGGGGCCAGCGAGGGUCACUGCAAAAUUCUGGAGACACAGAGGCAGGUGAAGGUCACCUGGUAGACACUGGGUCCGGUGAGGAUUACCACAAGAUAAUGGUGCCAAGUUAGGGUCACUGCAAGACAUUGGUGUUGGUGAGGGUCACCGCAAGUCAGUGGGGUCAGUGAGGGUCACCUGUAAGGCACUGGGGCAGGUGAGGGUCACCACAAAGGCACUGGGAGGGUCACAGCAGGACAUUGGGGCAACUGAGGGUCACUGCAAAGACACUGGGGCCGGUGAGGAUCAUCACACAACACAGCACUGGUGCUAGUGAGGGUCACCACUCACCACCAAGACAUUGAGUCCAGUGAGGGUCACUGAAAGACAAUGGGGCAUGUGAAGGGCACUGGAGAUGGUGAGAGAAGAUGGCAAGUUUGAUUAUGAAGACACAGACGUGACAGAUGCUGAUGUUGCUGACACAAAUAAAGCUUCAAUCAGUUA